AUGGACAUCUCUCUACUCCUCAAUGUGGAGGGUGUCAAGAAGACCAUUCUGCAUGGCGGAACGGGAGAGCUCCCCAACUUCAUCACUGGCUCCAGAGUGACCUUUCAUUUCCGAACGAUGAAGUGCGAUGACGAACGCACCGUGAUUGAUGACAGCAAGCAGGUGGGCCAGCCCAUGAACAUCAUCAUCGGCAACAUGUUUAAGCUGGAGGUGUGGGAGACCCUGCUGACCUCCAUGCGGCUCGGCGAGGUGGCCGAGUUCUGGUGCGACACCAUCCACACAGGGGUCUACCCUAUGUUGUCCCGCAGUCUGCGGCAGGUGGCUGAGGGCAAGGACCCCACAAGCUGGCAUGUGCACACGUGUGGGUUGGCCAACAUGUUUGCAUACCACACGCUGGGCUACGAGGACCUGGAUGAGCUGCAGAAGGAGCCACAGCCUCUUGUCUUCCUGAUCGAGCUGCUGCAGGUGGAGGCCCCAAACGAGUACCAGAGGGAGACCUGGAACCUGAAUAAUGAAGAGAGGAUGCAGGCUGUGCCUCUUCUUCACGGAGAAGGUAACAGGCUCUACAAGCUGGGCCGCUAUGAUCAGGCCGCUACCAAGUACCAGGAGGCCAUUGUCUGCCUGAGGAACCUUCAGACCAAGGAGAAGCCCUGGGAGGUUGAAUGGCUGAAGCUGGAGAAGAUGAUCAAUACCCUGAUCCUCAACUACUGCCAGUGCCUGCUGAAGAAGGAGGAGUACUACGAGGUGUUGGAGCACACCAGUGACAUUCUCCGACACCACCCAGGGAUCGUGAAGGCCUACUAUAUGCGCGCACGUGCUCACGCGGAGGUGUGGAACGCUGAGGAGGCCAAGGCGGAUCUGGAGAAAGUGCUGGAGUUGGAGCCAUCCAUGCGCAAGGCUGUGCUCAGGGAACUGCGGCUGCUGGAGAGCCGCCUGGCUGACAAGCAGGAGGAGGAACGGCAGCGCUGCCGGAGCAUGCUGGGCUAG